CAAACCUCGGAGUCGACUCUAGGGUUCGUCUGGGAGACGCCAUGAAACGCAAGAAUGAGAAAGACACAACAAACCCUAGUAAGUUAGACUUAUUAGAUUCGCUCCCUCUUGAUCUAAAGAUGGCUAUACUAACUAGAUUGUCUGCCAAGUCUCUAAAGAAUUUUCGAUGCGUGUCAAAGAUGUGGUCUUCCAUCAUCCGAAGCCGAGGAUUCAUUGAUUCCUUCUUCUCUAUGUCCGCAAAGCAAUCACGGUUUAUAGUCAGUUUAUGUAACAUUGUAUUCGGUGAGCCUGAGGAGAAGCUUAUCUUAUUCUUCUCGUUUUCACACGACGAGGGAGAUGAGUCUUCUUCUUCUUCUUCUUUGGUACCCAAUUUCGAGAUGGCUCUUCCUGCUGUGAGCUUUAGUUUCUACUCAGGGUCUUGCGCUUCUUUACAUGGCAUUCUCACUGUUGAAACUGAAGGUCAGUUGAUGAUGUGUAACCCUAGCACCGAGCAAGUCGUUAAGUUAACUAGUGACUGUAUUUUUGUUGGUUACGAUCCGAUUGAUGAUCAAUACAAAGUAUUAUCCUGGGAUAACAUAAUUUGGGAGGAUCCUAAUGCUCACCUAAAGCACAAGGUAUUAACAUUGGGAGAUGGUCAAGGAUGGAGACACAUUAAAAAUACCACUUUACCUUAUAUGGCGAUAUCACCAAAUGUAUGCAUCAACGGUUUUCUCUACUAUGGUGCGUAUUGCUUAACACAAACUAGAGAUCCAGUUAUGGUGUGUUUUGAUGUUAGAUCUGAGAAACUAAGUUUUAUCAAAGCGCCUCCGGUUGUCCUCCAAUGGGGGAAGGAAGCAGUGUUCAUAGAAUACAAAGGGAAGCUAGCUUCCAUUGUGGGAAACACUUAUGGAGCUGUCUCUAGUUUUGAUUUAUGGAUACUAGAAGACGUUGAGAAACAUGAAUGGUCAAAACAAAAAUGUGUGUUUCCUAUCUCUGUGUGGGAUUUUUUUGACCUUGGUGGAAUGUCUUUUCCAGGUACAAAUAGGGCUGGUGAGAUCAUCAUGGCUCCAAGUUUGUUGUCAGUCAAUCUUCAACCCUUCUAUAUUUUCUACUACAAUGUUGAAACAAAAAACAUAAGAAGAGUUAGGCUCCUAGGAAUUGGAGACAGUGAAGAGUUUAGGCGCUCUUAUGGAUUCGGGGAGCACGCUAAAGCUUUUGUCAAUAUCGCACAUCAACACGUCGAGAGCAUUGCCUUCUUUAAGGAUCCUUUUAUUUAAGUUUGAUUCCAAGGAUCCUAAUGUAAGAGAGCAUGGACAACUCUGCGUUUUGUUCCUUUUUAUUUUGAAUAUUUAAGUGUUGAAGGGAUUUUUCAACACCAAACAAUCUCUACUUUGUUAUCUUAUGAAGACUGAUGUUUUUGGGUUUGUUGAGAUGUGUGUUAUUUAUUUGGGUCCAUGUUUUAAGUGUGUUACAAAACAGAAUCUAAGACUGACUUUAUUAUAUAUGUUUCUAACUUGUACAAU